AUGAAAAAUUUUCAAAUUUUCGUCGUUUUUGGUGUGAUUUUUGCUGUGAAUUCGGCGCCUUUCAAUUUGGUGAAGGCGAAAAAUGAUGUGAUUUUGAAGAGUGAGUUCUAGAUUACUGUAAGGUUCAGGGGGUACUGUAGAUGUCAAAAUGAGAUUCCUUCAGUACCCCUCUAGCCUACAGUAACCCAAUGUUUUUCCAGAAAACCCGGAUGGCUUGAGACAAGUCGUUGAACUCGAAAGCUUCUCCAGACCAGCCACGCUGGUUUUUGACAAGGAUAUUUUGGCGGAGUAAGUGGAUACUGUAGCUGUGAAUUACUGUAUUUAAAAAAUUAUCGAUUUUUUCAGAAUUUCAAUGGACGGUAAAGUAGUUUCAACGCAACCGAAUCCCACAAAAUGGCUCGAAAUUGAUUUGUCGAAAAAUGUGGGACAGAAGGGAAUUCCGAUUGUUGUGCGAGAUUUGAUAAGUGGCGAGAAAAUUGAGGUGCUUUUUUCAUGUGAAAAAUUGAUGGGAAAAUGA